AUGGAGAAGGGAGACUCGAGAACGGAGAAGCUUCCGGAGCUCUGCGUCGCUCACGUCAUUUCCCUUACCUCGCCCCGGGUGGCGUGCCGCUUAUCCGCCGUCUCGACCACCUUCCGUGCCGCCGCCACCUCUGACACCGUCUGGGACUGCUUCCUGCCCUCCGAUUGGCAGUCGCUUGUCUCUCGCGCUGUCCAUCCCGUCGAGUUCUCCUCCUUUUCCUCCAAGCGGGAUAUCUUCUUCCACCUCUGCGAUCCCAUCCUCAUCGACGACGGUAAGAUGAGUUUCUCACUGGACAGAUCGAGCGGGGCCAAGUGCUACAUACUCUCCGCUAGGGAGCUGUCCAUUACGUGGGCAGAUGCUCCCUGGUAUUGGAGGUGGCGUUGUCUACCUGAAUCAAGUCUUACUUGA